AUGGGAGGAGUAAUGAGUUACUUCCGUAACUUGUUCGGCCAACGUGAAAUGCGAAUACUUGUCUUAGGACUUGAUGGAGCAGGAAAGACUACCAUUCUUUAUCGGUUACAGGUUGGUGAAGUUGUAACCACUAUCCCCACUAUUGGGUUCAACGUUGAGCAAGUAGAAUACAAGAAUUUGAAAUUCCAAGUCUGGGAUUUAGGUGGACAGACAUCCAUUCGUCCAUACUGGCGAUGCUACUAUGCUAACACUGAUGCAAUCAUAUAUGUGGUAGAUUCAGCUGAUAGGGACAGAAUUGGAAUUUCCCGUCAAGAACUUGUAGCGAUGCUUCAAGAAGAUGAAUUGCAAGGUGCCAUUCUAGCUGUGCUUGCCAAUAAGCAGGAUAUUCCCAAUUGUCUAACUGCUGCUGAAAUACAUAAAGCUCUUGGAUUAGAAGCACUCAGGAAUAGAACUUUCCAAAUUUUCAAAACAUCAGCGUCCAAAGGUGAAGGAUUAGAUGAAGCUAUGGAAUGGUUAGCCAAUCAGUUGCAACAGAAGAAAUAA